UUAGAGUAUUACAUGACUGCAGCUUCCUCUUUGCACACAGGAAGUGAAUAAACACAUCCAGUCCACCGUACCCAAAGAGACGAAAGUAGAGAAUAAGGAAAAUGCUGGUGGAGCUGGUGUCAACCCCCACAACAAGAGCUCUGGGAUGAUGGGUGCACUGGAAAAGAUGAAUCCGUUCAAGUCUUCCCCACAGAGCUCGUUAUCAGAGAGUAAAUCUCCUCCAACUGGGGAAAGUGAUGGGGGCGGAGUUAAAGAACCGAGUCAGAACACCGGGAUGGUAAGCGGAUUUAUUCAGAUGGUCAACCCGUUUAAGUCGUCUUCACAGGUUUCAAAAUCCAGCAGUCAGUCUUCCCUCACUGGAAAGAGUGGAGAGAAUAAAACCUCAGAACCUGCACAGAACCCUGGACUGGUUCUGGGACUGAUUCAGAAAGUGAACCCAUUCAGGACUUCACAGAACCCAAACAAUGGCCUUCCCUCCCAGAACACAGACACAACCCAGCAGAGUGCUGACGUAGCUGAAGGUGUGAAGCAGGACGUCAGUAUGAAUAAAGACACGCUUCAGGAAUCUGAUUUAAAGUCCGUAUUUCCUUCAGUUCAGAACGAUGAGGAUCCAGCAGCAGAUCAGAGAGGCUCCACAGCAUCACAGACCCCCACAGAACCCAGUUCUCCAAAGAUUCUUGGCUUUGAAUGGAAUCAUUUUAAGAAAGACUCAUGUGAAGUUCCUGCUGUGGAGGAGGUGUCGGCACCUGGUGAAGACCGUCCCCUGCAGACUGACGAAGAUGAAGAGGGUUUAUUGGAGUGGUGGGGGACUGUUGAAGGUUGGAACGAAUGGAACGAGUCUACGAACUUUGAGGGAGAAGAAGCAGAGCAAGCGGUGGAGGCGGCGGCUGAUCGCGUCUUCAUGGCUGCUCGUCUGUUCGUUCACCUGUUUAACCAGCGGGAGGCGUCGCUGCACCACAGAGUUGCGGAGCUGUUAGCGUUAGCCGACGCGGCGGACAGCUUCCAUAAGAAAACUGUGACGGCUAGUGUCGGAGGGGGCGUGGCCAGCGUUGCCGGGAGCAUUACGACCAUCACGGGACUGGCGCUGGCGCCGUUUACGCUCGGAACGUCUCUCAUCGUAACGGCGGUGGGCAUCGGUGUAGCGACGGCGGGGGGCAUCACCUCAGCCUCUGCCAACAUUACCGACACUAUGCACUCCAGAACAGACCGAGCCAAAGUGGAGCAGAUCAUCCUCGGAUACCAGGAGGAGAUAAACGACAUCAAAGACUGUCUUCAGUUCCUUCAGGCAGGAAUGGAGACUCUGGAGGAGUGGAACUUCGAGCAGUAUCUGGACAGCAUCUCUAAGCGAGCCAUGAACAAAAGCGUGAAGCAUGUGAUGAAGGAGGGCGGCCGGGCGGGGAAGGCUCUCCUCAUCAACACAGAGAGCCUGGUCAGCACGGUGCAGGUUCUGGGGGCGGCCGGCGGAGCCGCCAAAGCCGCCCAGGCCGUCACUGUGGCCAGCGGGGUGAUGUCUGGCCUCUUCCUGGCCCUGGACGUCUUCUUCCUGGCUAAAGACUCCAUGGAGCUGCGCAAGGGGGCCAAGACCGAGUUCGCCGCAAAGAUCAGGGAGGUGUGCAAAGAGCUGCAGGACGGCCUUCAGGAACUGAAGAAGAUUAAAGAGCAGCUGGAGGAUAUUAUGGAAGAUAUUGAAGAGGAAGACGAGGAGGAGGAGGAAGAGGAAGUGGAAGAAGAAGAAGAGGAGGAGGAAACGUCUGAGGAGAACCAAAGAGAAACGAGUCUUAAUCAUGAGAAUACGCAUGCGUGAUUUACAGUAGGGUUGGUGCUGGGGUACAUUUCGAGCUUCCAUAUAUAUAUUUAUCUAUACUUUUAUUUUAUUUAACUUCUAUUGUAUUUAAAAGUCGUAUUAUUUUAUUGUGGGUCAAUAACUGGAUGCAUUUCAUUGAGGAGGAGCCCAGCUUUCUUAAAGUCGCACAUUUCCAGGCUUCUGGUUCUGAGUUUGGUUCUGAAAGUUGUAAAUAGGGUCGCUACGAGAUCUCGUGCUGCACAAUAAGCAGCACAAUAUUUUUAUCAGGUCAAAGUUAUAUGUGUCUGCUCCCUGCUCUGCUCCCUGCUCUGCUCCCUGCUCUGCUCUCUACUACUCUGGUCUGCUGCUGUGCUGUGCUCCAUAGGUUGCCCGGUCUGUACAGAACCCACUAGGGGAUGCCAGUUGCAUACAAAACUCUCACUGUGGGGAUUGUAGCAAUAGUUUUAGGUAGUCAUGGCAAAAUUGAGGCUUUUUGCAGAUUUAAUCAAAUAAACAAACUUAUUUGGAAAAAGUGACUGAAUGAGAAAUCAGAAUCGGUCACUUUACCUCUUUCUCUCUUUAUCAAGUUUAAAAUGAUCCCAAACAGCAGAUCCAGGUCUUUCUGAGGUUCUUCCAUUUCACAGAUGCUGCUGGUUUGACGAACUAUGAGCAAUAAACAAUAAUAUUUGUUACUGUAA